AUGGAUUUGAUCGAACAAACAUGCAGGCAAUCUGGGUUUUUCGCCCUUUGUCACUCGACUCUUCGAUCAGACCCUCGAAGCUCGAACGCAAACCUCGAAGGCCUAGCUAAAAUAUCGGUCGAGAUAGUCAUAGACAAGGCUAAUGCCACAUUGAAUUUCAUUGUGGAUCUGUUCAAGAACGUUUCGGACCCUGUCUUGUACAGAUCCUAUGGCACUUGCAUCGACUCGUAUGGUGCCUCGGUCCAAAGGCUACUGCCGGAAGCCAUUGCUGCUUUGGGUUCUAAAGACUAUGCCACGUCAAGACACGAUGUGGCGACGGUGGCGACUAAUGUCAAUGCGUGCGAUGAGCAGUUUUCUGAGAAAACGCCUUUUAGUGAUAGGAAUAGACUUGUUCAUGAUCUUUCUCUUAUGUCAGCUGGGAUCAUAGAAUUGUUGGCAUUUGGACUGUCACGUAGGACCACCGUUAGGGAGGUAACAGAACUUAAUGGUAGAGUGACCAUUUCGUAA